UGCUAAGCUAUGCUAACAUGCACCUGGUAGAAAUCUGACAUUAAACUUCCAGCCAGAAAGCGAAUAAGCGUAUUUCCGAGAUAAUAUUUAGUGCAAGCAAUAACAAAGAUAUAUUCUCUUGUUUUAUUUUAUCGAUUCUGCAUAUUAAAUAUAACAAUUUUGCAGGAUAUCCUUCAAGAGAUGGACCCGGUGUGGACCACCACCGUGCUGCUGGUGCCGUGUGUCGUCGUGCUCACAGCUGGAUUCUUCUACCUGUACGGGGUGAUUAUGGGUCUGCUGACCAAAACAUCUGUACGCAACAAAGUGGUGGUUAUAACGGACGCUCUGUCUGAGUUGGGAAAAGAAUGUGCAGGUGUUUUCCACAAGGGUGGAGCGAGGCUGAUCCUUUGCGGGAAGAGCUGGGAGAAACUAGAAGAACUGGCUGAUGAUUUAUCAAAUGCCUCCGACCCGACACUGACUUUUCCGUCUAAACUGGUCCUGCUGGACUUCGGGGACAUGGACAGCAUGCCGGAGGUGAUCUCAGAGAUCCUGGAGUGUUACGGCUGCCUGGACAUCAUCAUCCUGAACAGCAGCAUGAAGGUGCGAGCUCCGGUGCAGAGCGUCUCUCUGGAGAUGGACAAGCUGCUGAUGGACAACAACUACUUCGGACCGGCCACACUGGCCAAAGGUCUGCUGCCCUCCAUGAUCUCCAGGAGAACCGGACACCUGCUGCUGGUCAACAGCAUCCAGGGCAAGCUGGCUGUGCCGUUCCGCACCGCCUACGCAGCCUCCAAACAUGCCGUUCAGGCAUUCUUUGACUGUCUGAGAGCUGAAGUGGAGGAGUAUGGCAUCUCCGUCAGCACCAUCAACCACACCUUCAUCAGCCGCUCUGCGUCUGAAAACACAGAGACGACCUCCAAAUCCAUCUGGUCACUUCUGUACACAAAGAAACCUCGCGGCGUUUCUCCGGACGAGGCGGCGGCGGAGAUCGUGAAGACUUUAAGCAACAAGAAGAAGGAGGUGGUGAUGGCUCCUUCGCUCCCGAAGGUGGCGCUCUACGCCAGGUCCUUCUUCCCCAACGUGUUCUUCGCUGUGAUGGCAGCGGGAGUGAAGAACGCAGCGGUGGCUGAGACCAUGUAGAGCUGCAGCUGUGCAGCAUUUUCAUCCAAACAGAACAUCUAAAAUAAUGUUAAUUAUCUGUUUGAGCUACAGUUAAGAUGUGAAUCCCCACAUUUAAUUUAAAACAACCUGAAUGUAGUCUCUUUAAUGUACUAACAGUAAUAUCGUCUUAAACCUGAGCUAACGUCAAAUUAAAUGUUUUUGUUUGCCUUUCAUUUAAAUGCCCACCAAUAACAUCCUGAUAUCCAAAGGACGCUUCGUAUGUACAUUUAUAUGUAGAUUCUCCACAGUUUCUCAACAAAUUGGUUUUCUGUAUAUUUUACAGGUGAUGAUGCAUGAAAUGAUCAUCAGGGUGCAGAAUUCACAUAAAAAUUCUUUAUUAAAAGAAAAUGUUGUAUUUGAUCAUGUGUUUGUGCAUUAAG